GGGGUUGAGGUUACACUCCAGCCGAAGACUGGACAACACUCCUCUUGGGGGCUGGUCCUCAAACAGACCUCCUCCCUCUGGAUCAGGUAGAGGCUUAAAACUGGCAAGAGGCUCAGCCCUCAGCCCUUUUUCCUUUCCCUCACUGUGAGUCACCUUUUUGAUCUGGGAGUUGAAUACCAUGGGGACUCCAAAUGAUCAGGCCGUCUUGCAGGCCAUCUUCAACCCCGACUCCCCGUUUGGAGAUAUUGUUGGGUUGGACCUGGGAGAGGAAGCAGAGAAGGAAGUAGAUGAAGAUGAAGUUUUCCCGAGAGCGCAGCUGGAACAGUCCAAGGCCCUGGAGCUGCAGGCGGUGAUCGCAGCCGAGGCUGGUGACCUCAGCACAGCCCUGGAGAGGUUUGGCCAAGCUAUCAACCUAUUGCCUGAGAGGGCCUCAGCCUACAAUAACCGAGCCCAGGCCCGGCGUCUCCAAGGAGAUGUGGCAGGCGCCCUGGAGGACCUGGAGCGCGCGCUGGCGCUGAGCGGCGGCCGGGGUCGCACCGCCCGCCAGGGCUUUGUGCAGCGCGGGCUCGUGGCGCGGCUGCAGGGCCGGGACGACGACGCCCGCAGAGACUUCGAGCGGGCGGCUAGUCUGGGCAGCCCGUUUGCGCGCCGCCAGCUGGUGCUGCUCAACCCGUACGCGGCGCUGUGCAACCGCAUGCUGGCCGACGUGAUGGGGCAGCUGCGCCGGCCCCGCGACGGGCGCUGAGCGCUGUUAGGCGGGAGGGCGAGGAGUUGGGGGAUGCGCCAGCAACCAAUAAAGCUGUCGGUUCGCCCAGCCCCAGCCUGUGUCUGCGUCCGCUCGCCAUCCCUCGCAGGGAUGGGCGCUCAAGGGUCCCCUCCGCGCGAGGCAGUCCCGGAUCAGCCGCCCUGGAGGAAGGGCCUGUCGGGCCGAGAUCGGGCAUCGAUUGGCCCUGUCUGGCGCAGCGCCGACCCCUGCGGCGGACUACGGUGCUCCGCAGGCCUGAGCAGUCGCUCCGGCUGCGCUCGGGGAGUGAGCCAGCCUGGGGCCCAGGCCUGGGCCACCAUGGCACUGCCUCCAUGGCCAGCUACCCUCCCGCACACACUUCUGCUCCUGCCGGCCCUUCUGAGCUCAGGUUGGGGGGAGCUGGCGCCACAAAUUGAUGGUCAGACCUGGGCAGAGCGGGCACUUCGAGAGAAUGAACGCCAUGCCUUCACCUGCCGGGUGGCAGGGGGACUUGGCACCCCUCGAUUGGCCUGGUACCUGGAUGGACAGCUGCAGGAGGCCAGCACCUCGAGACUGCAGAGUGUGGGCCGGGAGGCCUUCUCUGGAGGCACCAGCACUUUCACUGUCACUGCCCAGCGGGCCCAGCAUGAACUCAUCUGCUCCCUGCAGGACGCAAGCAGUGGCCAGUCAGCCAAUGCAUCCGUCAUCCUCAAUGUGCAAUUUAAGCCGGAGAUUGCUCAGGUUGGGGCCAAGUACCAGGAAGCUCAGGGCCCGGGCCUUCUGGUCAUCCUCUUUGCCCUCGUGCGUGCCAACCCACCUGCCAACGUGACCUGGAUCGACCAGGAUGGGCCAGUGACUGUCAACACUUCAGACUUCCUGGUGCUGGAUGCCCAAAACUACCCCUGGCUCACCAACCACACCGUGCAGCUGCAGCUCCACAGCCUGCCACACAACCUCUCCGUGGUGGCCACGAACGACGUGGGUGUCACCAGUUCCUCGCUUCCAGCCCCAGGGCUCCUGGCCACCCGGGUGGAAGUGCCACUGCUGGGCAUCAUUGUGGCUGGAGGGCUUGCCCUAGGCACCCUGGUGGGGUUCAGCACUUUGGUGGCCUGCCUGGUCUGCAGGAAAGAGAAGAAGACCAAAGGCCCCUCCCGGCGCCCAUCCCUGAUCUCUAGUGACUCCAACAACCUGAAACUCAACAACGUGCGCCUGCCACGCGAGAACAUGUCCCUCCCAUCCAAUCUUCAGCUCAAUGAUCUCACUCCAGACUGCAAAGGGAAACCAGCGGAACGGCAGACGACUCAGGACAACAGCCGGCCAGACCUGCUGGACCCGGAGCCUGGUGGCCUCCUCACCAGCCGAGGUUUCAUCCGCCUCCCAAUGCUGGGCUACAUUUACCGGGUGUCCAGUGUGAGCAGUGACGAGAUCUGGCUCUGAGAUGAGGCCAAGACAGAGGGUAACUUCUUGGCCCCUGGGCAUCCUCCUGGGCCUCGUCCAAGGCAUCCUCUGCCUGGCCAUGUUGCCAAUGGGAAGAGGCCUUGCCUCUGCCACUUUUGCUUGCUUGGGGGCACGGGUAUUCUUGGCCAGGCUGCCAGCUGGACCUACUCCUGGCUGGACCUGGACCGACUCCAGUUGAGGGCCUGCAUGACUGCCUGUGCCCAGGUGGAUGGAGCUGUCUGUCCAGGUGUGCCUGGAGGUCAGCCAGCAUCUAAGCGUGGCAUGGCCCUGCCAGCUUGGGCCGGCUCUGCCCCGCACCAGUGCUCCUCAGCACCGUGUACAGCAGGCAUAGGGCAUGCCUGGUUGGGGAGCGGGGGUCCCUGCACGUCCUGGAUUUCCUUCACAUGCUAUGCAGCUUUGUUCCCUCAGGGAAAACUUAGGACCCUGCUAGCUCUACAGAACCAACCUGCCCUUUCCACACAAACCCACCCCUGAUCUAGGGGUGCUGGCGAAGCACAGACCAGUUCUUUUUGCUGCAUCUCUCUGCCCCUCUCCGCCCACCCCCUCUUGGGCAUCGUAGGUUAUACGCUGGACCUUCUUCACUGGGCAUUAGACUUCCCCACUGGCCUGGGCCCUAGUGGUGUCAGAGCCUGGUAUUAGCACAAGUCAGGAGAUGAGAGGGAGGUGAGAAGUCUGGUGCCUCCAGGACUGCAUGUAGCUAUGCCUCGUUUUCUUACAGCGAUAGCACUUUAAGCACAUCUCCUGGGAAGGGAGUGACUGGGCCCCUGGGCCCUGCCUGUGGCUUUCCCAAGUUUGGCCUUUUUAUGAUUCACUGUGAGUGCCCUGAGCCCUUGGGGUUGACGGGUUUCUGCUCAAAGUAUCUCCCCCUUCCAUGGGAGCCUAGCCAUGACCUCCCCAUCAGCAGGAAACUGUUCUUGUCCCAUCCUCCGUUCUUUAGGGGAUGGUCACAGUGGCACAUAAUUUGACAGUGCUGGAAACCUUAGGGAGACAUGGGAAAGGAGGGGAGAUCAUAUAUCCCAGAACAACCUAAGUACACUGUUGAAAAGCAACAUGAAAAAGAUUGCAAAUUAAUAGCGAGCAAAGUAUAUUUUUCCCUUGUUGAUACCUUUAUAAUUUUUCUUGGUACUGCCAAGGACAGUGCUGAGCACACAGUAGGUUCAAUAAACUUGAAUGAGUGAAUAUUA